AUGCUGCACUGGUUCGUCGAUGGUGAGACUGCAUCCGACACAUUGAAAGAUGGGUACUGCAUACAGGAACGGGAUAUCUCUGUCACCUCUAAAUCAUUGUCAAGUGGUGCCUUAGACACCCGAGCACCAAUUCUCACAUUGAAGAAGUACUUCUCUCGAGCUGCUUGGUGCAAAAUCAACGAACUUCUGAAAGAAAAGAAAGAGCAAGGUCUGUGGUUUUGCCAUAAAUGUGACCUCGAAGAUGACCACACCAUCAAGAUGAUAGCGUGUGACCUGUGCAUGGAGUGGUACCACUGGCCUUGCGUAGGUAUCGGCAAGAAAACUGUUCCCAGAGGGGAUUGGUUCUGCUACAACUGCAAAUAGGAAAACAACAAGGAUCUAGACACUACAAGUCACGGACAAGAAAAUGAUCACAAGAAAAUAAUCUCCUGAGCCAGA